AUGAUUCCCCCGACUGUUUUCGGUGUGACAAAAGGCGGAAUGGGCGCAACUGUCGUCGCGUCGUCAUUGAUCUGUCGUCAGUCGUCAUUGAUCUGUCGUCGCGUGCGGCUGCGUCUCCCCUCCCCUAUGCCUCCAAAGAAAAGCAAUGGAUGCAACGUCUGCAAGGAUGCUGUCACUCCCCUCUGGCUGGAAACUGUACUUAAACGAUGUGAUGAUUAUUUUGCCAGGUUUGACCGUAUGUUCGAUUUAUUAGUUUCCUUGCAACAGUCGCACAGGGCUAUUGUGAGGAAAAUUGAUGCGAUUGAAAAGCGUUUAUUUGAUCAAAUGAAUGCAGCGCAGGCUAACAGUGAGCUUUAUACCACGUUAGUUAAGUUUCAUUCUGAUACCAAAAACAUCGCCAGUAAGCAUUGCAAUAUUGUCUGGGUAGGCAUUGAGGAGCAUGGUGAUGAUAGAUCCACAUCUGAUUUUGAUAGGGAAGCGAUUAAAGAGAUCAUUGAUGCCGCUUGCGAUAACGAGCUAAUGAGCCAAUGGAAAGCAGGUAAUAUCAAAAUCGCGCGGUUCCCACAUAACCGUAGUGCCGCCUCGAGGAAACCGAGGAUAAUUAAGAUUAACCUCCCCUCGCAAGAGCUCAGGGACCGUCUCUUGGCCUUUAUGAGAAAAGGGCGACUCUCAUUUACGCAAACGUUUUAUCACUCUUAUGCAAGACGAGACUAUACUAGAGAGGAACUGGAUUACGACAGGCAGCUCAGAAAGAGAGCAGGGAUGCUCAAUGCGAACGCGGAGUCGAUCGAUAAAUCUACCCGGGUUUAUGCCAUGCUCGAGCCGGCCAUUCAGCCUAAGGGGGGAUCGAUCAAGGCUUCAAAAGUUGAUUCAUCUCGCUAG